AUGGAUCUGAUCUGGAACUUUUACAAGGAAACCUGGUUUUUCCUGGCUCUCAUUGUCCUGCUUCUCUAUCUAUAUGGGACACACACACAUGGACGUUUUAAGAAUUUGGGAAUUCCUGGUCCAAAACCUCUGCCUUUUUUGGGGAAUCUUCUGUCCUAUUCCAAGGGUCCAUGGCUGUUUGAUACAGAGUGUCAUAGAAAGUAUGGAAAAAUUUGGGGGUCAUAUGAAGGUAGACAACCAAUUUUAUCAAUCACAGACCCAGAAGUCAUCAAAACAGUGCUUGUCAAAGAAUUUUACUCUGUCUUCACCAACCGUCGGCCAAUUCGUCCAUCAGUCUUGAUGAAAAACUCCAUCAAUGCACUUGAAGAUGAACAAUGGAAGAGAGUACGGACAUUGCUAUCACCCACUUUCACCAGUGGAAAACUGAAGGAAAUGUUCCCCAUUAUUGAACAGUAUGCAGAUGUGUUGUUGAAAAACCUGAAGCGAGAAGCAGAGAAAAGUGCGCCCGUAUCCAUGAAAGA